CAGUCAGGGCCUGACCCACUAAAGCUGUUAUCCCUGUUUCACCGAAUCCGCGCUCAAAAAGAUCCCGCCGUUUCUUAUCCAGUGAGCAGCGAUGGCACUCAGCUUCUCAUGCACUGCCUCUCUUUACUCUCAACAGCAGCAUCAAACAUUCCCAAAAGCAGAUCAUGGGACCCGCCAUCAGUGCCGUCGGAUCAUCCAAACCCUCGUCCAGACUUCCGUCAUCCCAUCCAUCUCUUCAUCUCCUCCUCAAGAAUCACUGCGUAGAGGGAAUUGGGUCAAGCUCAUCUGUGGUGCCAGCUUCGAGGACGUCGUCGAUGUCAGAAAUCUCUCUCUUAUUUACACUCUCGCCGGAGUCGAUUGCAUUGACUGUGCGGCCGACGAGUCAGUUGUGAAUGCAGUGAAUGAAGGCAUUGAUGCAGCAAGAGGGAUCACACCGCUUCGGAGGCCAUGGGUGAUGAUCAGCAUUAACGAUGACGAAGAUCUUCACUUCAGGAAAGCCGAAUUUGAUCCAGAGGAUUGCCCGCCUGAUUGUUUGAGGCCAUGUGAAAUGGUCUGUCCUGCUAAUGCAAUAUCACUGGAAAGUAUAUCAAUGGAAGAAGUAUCUCCCCAUGGUGCUGGUGCUGAUGCUGGUGCACGUGGUAAAUUCCAGCAGGGAGUUAUAACUGAACGUUGCUAUGGUUGUGGCCGUUGCCUUCCUGUUUGUCCAUAUGACAAAAUAAGUGCUAUUACAUAUGUUAGAGAUGCUGCUUCAACCUCUCAACUUCUCAUGAGAAAUGAUGUGGAUGCUGUAGAGAUACAUACAAGUGCUAGGCAUAUUGAUUCAUUCAAUGAGCUUUGGAAAGGAUUGGCAGAAUCAAUAGGUCAUGUGAAGCUAGUAGCUGUUAGCUUGCCUGAUGUGGGAAAUUCAACCAUAUUCUCAAUGAAUUUGAUGUACUCGAUUAUGCAUCCGCAUCUACAAUGCUACAAUUUAUGGCAGUUGGAUGGCAGACCCAUGAGUGGAGACAUUGGUCGAGGUGCAACAAGAGAAGCAAUUGCCUUUGCUGUUCGUUUGGCUGCAUCAACAGAUAGGCCUCCUGGUUUCCUUCAACUGGCUGGAGGCACUAACGCCCACACAAUUGAUUAUCUGAAGAAAGUGGGACUUUUCCAAAAUAUGUCCAUCCCUGAGCAUUCUAGGGCUGAGCUGUGUGCUGCCAAAUUAUCCGCAUCUCUGCAAGCUUUAAUUGGUGGGGUGGCUUAUGGUGGCUAUGCACGGAAGAUUGCUGGAAGGGUUCUGAGGAAAAUGCAAUCUCAGCAUAGCAUUGCAUGUGUUGAGGAUUAUCCGGAGUAUCUUCUAGAGGCACUCAGGGAAGCUGUUAACUUGGUGGGACCUGUCAAAUGCUACAAUCUACCUUCUCAUCUGCCAUAGCAAGUGAAACAGUUGGAAUCUCCAUUGAUAUUCGAGUUCGGGAAAUUGGAAGCGUAACCACUGGUAUGUCUCAUUGUGUUUCAUCUGGUUGUGAUCAUCUAUAUAUCUGUAUAUUCACAACUGAUAUUUUAUUACAGUCCCGCAUUGAGUUGGAUUACCAUUUGGUUUUGAGUUUCUAUACUUGUAACGGAAAGCAGAUCAAUGAUGAUUAUUGCAGAUAUAAAAAGGUUUUUUUUUUUUUUUU